AUGUGCGAAAGCCGGUCUCGGGUACAACAGAACGACCUGUUGCUUCAUGAAGCCGUCAUCAAGAAUGAGCCAGCUGCUGUUAGAGAGGCUUUGCAGAGACCCGCAGAUGUCAACUGUAGGAAUAAUUAUGGGCGGGCCCCGAUACACUGGGCAGCGAGUAGAGGCAAUGUGGAGAUAAUCAAAUUACUGAUCAACGCCAACUGCGAUAUUGAGGCUGUUGACAAGUUUGGCAUGCGACCAUUGUUAAUGGCAGCGUGGCAUGGACACUUGGAUGCUGUGCAAGUUCUAGUUCAAGCUGGGGCUUGUCUGGCAGCUACCAAUAAGAAACAGAAUGAUCUUCUACAAUGCGCGUGCGCUCGUGGUUCAUACGACGUUGCCAUGUUCGCGAUUUCUAUCGGUGCAAGAGUGCAAACCACCGAUACAACGGGUGACGCGUCCCUUGCGCUUGCUGCCAGAGCCGGUUACGCCAACGUGGUGGAGCUUUUGUUGGAUAAAGGAGCUUAUAUUGAUGCAAUCAAUAAGGCUGGUCGCACGGCACUUCACCUCGCGUGUGAGGGAGGUCACAGCAGCUCUGCCGCUCUCCUGAUAGCAAAAGGAGCAUCGCGCGAGGCUCGCGAUAACUCCGGCAGAACUCCAUUGCAUAUUGCAGCAGUCCAUCGUCAUACUGAGCUGGUUCAGACCCUAUUGGAAAGCCAGUGUAACGUAGAUGCUGUUGAUAACAAUGGUGUGACGGCGCUGCAGAUGGCGUGUGCGCAGGGAUGUCGCGGCAUUGUAGAACACCUCCUUGAAUUUGGAGCAGAUGUGCAUUUACAGAAUAAUGUGGGAUCUUCAGCGCUGCAUGCUGCGUGCGCGGCUGAUGCGACAGACAUUGUUGAGUUGUUGCUGGCUCGUGGGGCAGACCCGGCCCUCACUGACCAGUGGUCUCAAUCACCACUAAGCGUCGCAGGCGGCGCUGCCGAGUCACCACCUGAAGGGUUUCGGCGCGCGGCUAGAGGUUCUUUCUCCGCAAUUUUAGGCCUACUGACUGCUACAGCCAACCUUGAUCAUCAUCAGGACCAAUCGGACGGAUCAUCAAGCCCCCGAGUUGAAGAGAAGUCUGGAGGUCACUCACAGGCGCCGACCGAGGCUACAGAGGGCGACAAUGAGAGGUGA